AAUUAACAAAAUAAAUACAAUAUAAACAUACAAAUUACCCGAUAUCUAAUUUUUCCACCAAAUCUAGGCCCAACUCAUUGGUACCACUGACCUGUUUUAUGAAACUCAUUACAAGCCCAAUAAACAAGAAAAGCCCAGGGGCUCUCCUGUAAAUUUAGAACUUCAAAGGGCCAAUCUCAAAAUCUUCAUCACGAAAAACUCCAUCAUCCUCUUUCCAUCCCUUUGCAACCCAGUGAAGCCUCCAACACAUUUCUCCAAAUCAAACAGUCUCUUCCUCCUUCAUUCGCCACCAGAAAGAUAAAUAAACCAAAACCCAAACCUCCUCUAAUCCAAUCUUUAACACCUUAAUCAUCUAAAUUAAUCACUUCCAUUUUUUUCUUAAUAGGCAGUGACUGCAACGGCUGAAAGCUAUAGGCCACAAGUGACGUGUCGGAAGAAAGAUAUCCACCCGGAAUUCUACGAGGAUGCUAAAGUUUAUUGCAAUGGGGAAUUAGUGAUGACAACAGGGGAGAACGAGAAAGAGUACGUGGUGGAUGUUUGGUCGGGGAACCAUCCGUUUUACCUUGGAAACAGGUCGGCUGUUCUUGUGGACGCUGACCAGGUCGAGAAGUUCCGUAAGAAAUUUGGGCAGUUGUCUGAGAUUAUGGAGAUUCCUGUGCUUAAGGGUGAGAUUGUUUUGCCCACUAAGCGAAAGUCGGCUGGUAAAGGCGGCAAGAAGAAGUAGAUUCAUUGCUAGUAAUUUGAUUUCCUUUUUCUUUUUCGAAUUUGUCAAUGAUUUGGCAUUGAAAUGCUUGGUUUGUGUUUCAUAUUAUGCUUAAUCGGGUUAGGUAUAUGACAGGAACACUGGAAAUUCUGACAAAAACUAAUAUUCUUCUUUGGUUGAAUUGAAUCUCUAUUAUCAAAUCAUUCAGCUUAAGCAGAGUGCAUCAUUUAGAGCACAAUCAUCUUAUUUCUGUCCAGUAAUUCUCCUAUCACAAAUGGAGAUGCUCAAUUUGUUACUUCUCUUUCUUUUCUGACUUGAAUUUUUUUGGCCGCAAGACUGAGAUUUUAGAUGGAGAAUGAGCCUGUAUAUAGGAUUCCAUUUAUGAGUUUUAGGUUCUGCACCCAUAUCAAAGAAAGGAACAAGGAAAACUGUGACAGAUGAUGAACACGGAGGCCGAAAGGGUGCUUUCUAGUUAAAGUAACUCAAAAGACAACCGAGAGAAAAGGCUAGUGAACUGCGAACACAACUCACCCCAAACUGAAAGCAGUCGUUUACUCAAUGUUUUGUUAAUUUCUGUAACUUCCACAAUCCGGUAGCACCUAUUCACGGUGGAGCUAGCUUUUAUAUUUUCUCAUUCUUUGAGGCUGGUAUUUCUAGAAGCUCAUAGCGUCAUUUAUAACUCCACGUAAAUGCUAGGAAAUUCAUAGUAGUAAUCUAAAUUCAGCCUUUCGUGUGUUUUUGGUGAUUAUAUUUUUCAAGCAAAGGAAAAUCAAUUUGCAGUAAGAUUUCACAAUUAUCUCUUUCUUAAUUCAAAAAUUUUUUUUAGUACAACUCUUUUAAUUCCAUUUGUCAACCCGUUGGUUCUUUAUUUUUAUUCCUGUUUGGCCUACAAUUUUCAAAACCCUUCACUAUUUCAUUAUCCAAAUUAAAUUCAAAGUCAACAAGUUCUACGCCAUCAAAACACAUGAAUUCAUUAAAGGAAAAAAAAAUGCUGGUGGGAAAUCAAAGAAACUUUUCCUUUUUGGGAAAUCUAAAAAAGGUUAGUGUAUAGCAUUAUUAAUAUGGCUAGGAACUGAAAUUGAUCACUUAAUCAUAUUCCAAGCCAAAAAAAAAUAUGGCAGCAAAUUGGAUUACUAAACGGAGCUGCAAUCAAGAGAGAGGAUUCUGCAUUCUUUUUGAUCAGCAAAUUUUCUAGCCAAUUGUCUGGGUCUUUGACCCUCCACUACACUAAAAAAAAAAAAAGAAGGGUUAGAAAAUCUUUCAGAUGGUUGGUUGAUUCAUUGAAAUGAUAAAUCGAUGGAUAUCAUGAUAUAAAGUAGUAAAAAAAAAUGAACAGCAACUAAAGGAGCCUAAAAAUUAUUAGUUAAAGUUUUGAGCUUGUCUUGUUUAGUCAAAUUGAUACACAGCAAUA